AGAACAACAUUCAGACAGAGCAGGCUUCAGUGGCCACCAUAAUGCCCAUCCCUGCCUCCCCGCCCCGCCUGCCUCUGCCAUUCCUGCUGCUGCCUCUGCUGCUAGAACUCACAGGAGCAGCAGGUGAGGAGCUGCAGGUGAUUCAGCCUGAGAAGUCACUAUUGGUGGCAGCUGGAGAGACAGCCACUCUAUGCUGCACACUGACCUCCCUGUACCCCGUGGGGCCCAUCCAGUGGUUCAAGGGGACAGGGCCAGGCCGGGAGUUAAUCUACAGUUUCAAAGGAGGCCACUUCCCCCGAGUAACAAAUGUUUCAGACAACACAGAGAGAAACAACAUGGACUUUUCCAUCCACAUCAGUAGCAUCACCCUAGCAGACGCUGGUAUCUACUACUGUGUGAAGUUCCGGAAAGGGAGCCCUGACGUGGAGGUUAAGUCUGGACCAGGCACCAGGUUGUUUGUGCGUGCUAAGCCCUCUCUUCCAGAGGUCUCUGGCCCCUCCAACAGGGCCAGCCCAGGACAAGGAGUGACUCUAACCUGCAAAUCAACUGGCUUCUUUCCCAAAAACAUAUAUCUGAAAUGGUUUGAAAAUGGAGUGGAGCUUCCAGCCCUUCAGACCGACAUCUUCCCACCCGGAGACGCUUUCUCUUACACCAUCGUCAGCACCACCCUGGUGACUCUUGCCUUCUCCUCACUCCACUCCCAGGUCACCUGUCAAGUGGCUCACAGUGAAUUGCAGAGCCCCCUCAGUAGCCAUGUGAACAUCUCCAAAUUCCUCCAAGUUGUACCCACAGUGAAUGUAUCGACAUACCACGUCCCAAGUCUCCAGGCGGUCAUCCUCAUCUGCCACGUGCAAAGGUUUUACCCCGAUGGCAUACAAAUCACCUGGCUGCAGAGGAACAGAUGCUCCAGAACCUGUGAGUCCUUCUCCCCCACCAAGAACCCAGAUGGCACAUUCAGCCAAGACAGUCAUAUCCUGGUCAACGCCUCAGAGCACAAAAACCUGUUCACCUGCCAAGUGGAACUUGAGGCUCAGACACUGGUCCAGGCCAGCGUGCAGCUGAGCGAAUUUAGAGAAGUUCAAGCAAGUUUGGGUGCCAGAGCAUCCAGCCCCCUCUUUGGGACCCUCCUCCUGCUUAGCUGGAAGUUGUUUCCCUUGACUGCACUUUCCAUCAUCUAUGUCCUCAGGAGGAGCCUCCUUUCCAAGAGGACUGACCCAGGAGGGACACUUGCCAUGAUGCCAGUAUCUGCUACCCCAGCUUCUUCUGCUUCGUAAGCCUUCUGAGACCUGUCCAUCACUGACAGCCCCUCCCUGUCUCCUGUAGCCCCCAGAGUAGGUGACAGCCAGGACCAGGAAGGUCAGUAGUGAGAGGUGGGCUCUCACAUCCCCUGCAAGAAAGAAGCUUCUCUCAAGAUUCAGGGCACGAAGUCAAGACUCUGAGCAAGAAACCAGCAGAGGCAGGACAGGCUCCUGCCCAGGGGGAGACACACACCUGCCAUUCUGAAAGCCCCUGCCCAGCUCCUCAAGGAAAGCCCACUGUGGGCACAAAACCUUUAC